AUGUUGCCUAAUCGUGGUUUGCUCCUUGCUUUCAGGUAUUGCAUCUCCUUCUUUGCGACUGAUGCCACAGGUGAAUCUGAAUUUGUGAUGUUCGAAAAGGUUGCGGCAGGGGCCGUGGGCAGGCAACUCAUGAACUUGAUGCGGCAAAGAUAUCCAGGCUAUUACACGGUUGAUGAGUUGGCCAAUGUUGCUAGACACGACACAGCUAUUCCGGCUGAGAUUGAGCGUCUCGUUGGCCACAAGAUUGAGGAGACCUACAAACCCGAGUUACCUCCUCUGGCUUUUGCUGCUUCCUCGAGGUCUGCUGGGGCUUCAUCGUCCACUGGUGGUUCAGGUUCCAGGCUCUUGCCCUUAGGUCCAACUCUAUCACAUGUGCAGCACAGGGCUGCUACGUUUGGUGGAUCGCAUAGCAGUGGGAAUGCAACACCCCCUUCUCCUAUUGCUAGCCCUGGGACUCCAGCUAAAGGUUCGUCUGCCCCUAAGCGUGGCACGAAGCGUUCUUUGUUUUCAAGCCCUCCGAAACGGAACACACAGUUGGCUGAUGCUUGUGCCGCCGCAGCUGAAGAAGAGCCAGCGACGUUGGUUCAGCCUGUGGAAGAUGAUGGUAUAACCACUGAUGUAGAGAAAAACGGACCGCCUCCAAACCCAAAAUCUAAGAGGAACGCCAAUUCUGCGAAGUCAGGUACCUUGUCCAAGAAAGCGAAGCCGUAGACACUUGGACGAUGUGUUUGUGGGUGGCGUAUGUAUAUAAGGUUAACAGAUUAUAACGGCUUCUUACAUUCAGGUCUCCGUCCGCGCUGCCUUAUCUUCAGCUAUGGUGCCUUCUGCGAGCAUGCCUCACAUGGACCAUCUGAAGAGCUUGUUAGUAUCUUAGUAACAUUCCGUGGCUCGCCCUCUGCUGUUGGUCAGUGAGCCUUCCUUGCUAGAUCGUCGGGUUACCGAGGCAGCCUCAUCGUCUUGGUGCAAGUCGAUGUCACCUUUGCACUGUCUAUGUAAAUGCCAGUGCAAAGCUUCUUUUGUAUAAGCCCACGCUGUUUAUGAAGCACGCUUUGCAGGUACACCCUCUGUGCAAACAGGGGAGGAGCCCUGCAGUAGUAUAUGCGGUCAAUGGGUCACCUUUGCACUGUCACCCCAGUGUAAAGGUCACCCCAGUGUAAAGCUUAUUUUGUAUAAGCAUGUAAGGCACGCUUUGCAAGUACACCCUCUGUGCAAACAGGGGAGGAGCCCUGCAGUAGUGCGUGCCGAGUUCAUGGGUUAGCUCUAGCUACCUUUGCUGAUCUUAUUGGUUGCUAUUUCCUAAAACUGAACUUUAGUUGCUACCUACUAAUAUUACUGCCUGUUGUCUGAAACCUGUUGUCUGAAACUAAACUCGGUGUCCAGUCGUUUGUGCCAUGGGCAGCUGCUCGAGCUUACUGCUUUUGUAUGGUUCCUGGAGCAAUGAACUCAUUUACAUUGUUGGUCUU